AUGGCAGAUCGUGGCAAAGAACCUAUCACCGAAGAAGUGCGAAGUCUUGACGCACUUUGGGCAAACCAGAAAAACUUGGAUCGCCGGCUUGAUGAUCUGUCGGCAGAUUUACAGAAGCUCGCUGUGGACAUACGCCAUGAGUUCAAUCUCAUUCGGGCGAGACCACCGCCGUUUCAUCCACCAGUAGCUGAGCCGCAGGGUGUCCGGCCGUUAAGGCGUAGAGGCGUGACUGCAGCCAAACAAUUCCGAAAUGUUCCGGCUGCUAUGCAAGAUUUCUCAGACUCGGAGGAAGAGUUGCCAUUCCAGCGUGAAGCGGACUUCAUGGAAUCUGAAGAUGCUGAGGAUGAAAUUCCGUAUAGGGGCGAAUGUCCUAGAUAUCGUAGAGCCUUUCAUCAUCGUUUACCGCACAACGAAUUCAAGGCUAAGCUAGAUAUCCCUUAUUUCGACGGACGAAUGCAUAUCGAAGACUAUUUAGAUUGGGAAAAAGCAGUGGAAAAUUUCUUUGAAUACAUGGAGGUUCCACCGGACAAGCAAGUACGGUAUGUCGCCUGUCGUUUGAAGGGCGGUGCUAGUGCUUGGUGGGCGCAACUGUUACAAAUGAGGCAACGGGAAGGAAAAGGAAGCGUGCGAGGCUGGAGCCGCAUGAGACAACUCUUGAGAGCUCAAUUCUUGCCCACAGACUAUGAACAGAUCUUAUACAUGAGGUAUCAACAUUGUUCUCAAGGUAGCCGAUCCGUGAGUGACUACACGGAAGAAUUUCAGAGGUUAUCCGCAAGAAACAAUCUCAACGAAUCUGCUACUCAUUUAGUAGCCCGAUAUAUUGGAGGAUUAAAAGAUAGCAUCCAAGACCGUUUAGAAUUGAAUUCUGUAUGGUCGAUGGCUCAAGCGGUUAAUCUUGCAAUGAAGGUGGAAAUGCAGCAAACUAGACAGUCCAAAACAUCUCAUAUUCGGCGGCAUUGGCAGGAGAAUGCUACCUCGGGGAAGGGCAGUAAUUCCGGUGUUAAGUCAGUAACUCCAGCAGGGUCAUAUGUUCAGACCCAAUCUCCUAAUCAAGCACCCAUUGAUCCUCGGGUGCAACCGAAGCCCAAAUUUGUAACCAACGAGAACCCAUAUGCCAAACCAUCGACACUCAAAUGCUUUCGUUGUUUUCAACCAGGGCACAAAUCGAAUGAGUGUCCCCAACGACAACAAAUUCAUGUGGUCGAAGGUGGCGAGGGAGUAGAACAAGAUGCGGAAGAUGAGGCUCAAGACGGUGACUCAGAAGAUGUUCCUGCAGAUGAAGGUGAGGCGGUAGUCUGCGUGCUGGAGAAAUUGUUGCUGGCGCCGCGACAAGCUUUGAGCUCUCAGCGUCAUUCCAUUUUUAAGACCCGCUGCACUAUAGGCGGUAAAAUAUGUGAUCUCCUGAUCGACAAUGGCUGUACUGAGAAUGUAAUUUCUAGAGCAGUGGUUCGCAGUUUGCAGUUAAAAACCGUUAAAAAUGAUCACCCGUACAAAAUAAGUUGGGUCAAGCGAGGAAUGGAAAUUUUAGUUUCGGAAUCAUGCCGGGUAUCGUUUUCAAUUGGAAAGCAUUAUGCCUGUGAAGUCCUGUGUGAUGUCCUCGACAUGGAUGUGUGUCAUUUGAUUUUGGGAAGGCCGUGGCAAUUCGACGUCGCAGCGAUAUAUGAUUGCCGGGCUAAUGUUUAUUCAUUUGACUGGAAGGGCCGUCGCCUUAGAUUAUUACCUACAGCCAUAGAAACGAAAUCACAAAUCCCUCACCAACCCCGGCAGGUUGCAGUCCAGAUAGUUACAGGUGCUAGUUUGUUACAUUGUUGGAAGGAGCCAGCCCCAUUGUACGAGCUAUUGAUAGCCGAACAGAGCCCAGAACAAUCUCCAGUUAAGUAUCACCAAGAGAUUCAAGAUCUGCUACAACAAUUCCAGGAGAUCCUUCCCGAACAACUACCCGAAGAAUUACCGCCAAUGAGGAGUAUACAACACCAAAUAGACUUGAUUCCCGGUGCCGUUCUACCCAAUUUACCACACUAUCGGUUAAAUCCGAAAGAACAGGGUAUCUUUCAGGAAUUAAUUGACGAUUUACUGAAACGUCAAUUCAUACAGACCAGCUUGAGUCCGUGUGCUGUUCCAACUCUACUAGUGCCCAAGAAAGAUGGAAGUUGGCGGAUGUGUGUCGACAGCCGCUCCAUAAACAAAAUCACAGUCAAAUACCGAUUUCCAGUUCCUUGUAUUGACGAAUUGUUAGUCAGGCUCACGGGAUCUUCAAUUUUUUCUAAACUUGAUUUGCGCAGUGGCUAUCACCAGAUUCGAAUCCGCCCCGGAGAUGAAUGGAAAACAACCUUUAAGACGCCCCAAGGACUGUACGAGUGGAAGGUGAUGCCCUUCGGACUGUGCAACGCACCAUCCACUUUCAUGAGAAUGAUGAACGAGGUCUUAAAGCCUUAUCUGGGAAAAUUCUGCAUCGUUUAUUUUGACGAUAUACUGGUUUACAGCAGCAGCUUUGCAGACCAUGUAAUACACUUACGGGCACUAUUUGAAGUUCUCAAAGAACAUAGGCUAAUCCUUAAUCUUCCAAAGUGUGAAUUGGCAGUUCAGAAGGUUCAUUUCCUUGGUUUUGUCAUAGAUGCUACCGGUGUGCACAUGGAUCCGCAGAAAAUUAGCACCGUCCGUGACUGGCCACCACCAACUUCCUUCUAUGAGGUAAGGAGUUUCCACGGCUUGGCGAAUUUUUACCGCAAAUUCAUCAGGAACUUCAGCAUGUUGAUGGCACCAGUGACCGACUGCUUGAAAGAAAAGAUAUUCCAGUGGAAUUCGGCUCAACAGCAAAGUUUUGAUGCAAUUAAACGGGCUCUGACAUCCGCUCCAGUAUUAGUGUUACCGAAUUUCGACAAGGUCUUUAUGGUCGAAACUGAUGCAUCGUCAGUGGGAAUCGGAGCAGUUCUCUCACAGGAAGGUAAACCUGUAGCAUUUUUCAGUGAGAAAUUGAGUGAAGCUAGACAAAAGUGGUCAGCUUAUGAGCAGGAGCUCUAUGCCGUCAUCCGCUCAUUAAAACAGUGGGAGCUGUAUCUAUUUCUAACAAGCACGAGUGUACAGCAUUGCAACGCUAAAAUAUACAGCGCCACAAUGCUAUAA